AUGGGGGGCCUUGUCUUCCCUCAGGCCGUGAAGAUGAUGAUGGAGGCCGAGCGAGCCAAUGUUUACUCUUUUUUCCCCACAGCGCGAGAAGUGCCGAUGCCCUUCCACUAUCAACCUCACCUCCACCAGCAGCACCUCCAGCACCAGCUCCAGCUGCACCACCAGCACAGCUUCAGCUCCGGCUCCGGCUUCAACGACAGCUUCAGCGACGGCUACAGCGCCAUCCACCAGUGCCGCCCGGACCUGCUCCUGUCCCGGGUCUACCAGCCGCCGUGUAGCGAGUAUCUGGCCCACCACCAGCCCAUCAUGGCCAACUUAGCACCGGACGAGAUGGCCGAGUUCCAGAAGCUCUCCAACGAUUGUUACGGACAUGCUAACGCCUUGUUGAAGGGCCCUCUCGUCGGCAUCAAGCAAGCCAGCGUUGCGCUGAGCCAGGAGUAUGCGCAGGCUGACCCCAUCUAUGUCGCGAAGACAGCGUCUCUGGCACAGACACACUCCCACUAUCGUAUCAUGAAGGGAGAUGGCAAUUGUGGAUGGAGAGCUGUGGCCUUUGGCUAUUUUGAAAGCCUGUUUGCUUUGCGUGAUCAGGCCAAAAUCGCUCAAGAGCUAGCCCGUAUCAAGAGCUUCAACGCCAUGUUCGAUGCUGUGGGCCAGCAAGAGCAUCUGUACGAGAUUUUUGUUGAUGCUACAGAGGAGCUCUUGAAAAGCGUGGCUGAACAGAUUGCGAACAACAACCAGGACGAGACUUUCAUUGUUGACGCCUUCAACAACGAGUGGAACUCAAACGCAAUCAUCACGCACUUUAGGUUGAUGACGAGCGCUUGGAUGCAGCUCAACCGGGAGAGAUACGAAGCUUUCCUGCCCAUGCCGAUAGAGCAAUACUGCUCGAGAACAGUCGAUACCGUGAGAACCGAGAUUGACGAAAUCGGUCUCCAGGCCUUGGUUGACGGAGUCAUCGCAGCGUCUGGUUUUGAUGUUCAGAUUCUCUACCUUGAUCGCAGUCAGGGUGACGAAGUGAAUGCACAUCAACUUACGCCACAACGCACUGAUUCCCUGGGGGUUAUCAAACUCCUGUACAGGCCUGGCCAUUAUGAUCUUCUUUAUGGCACGGCCCAGUCGCCGACUCCCGUAAAUUACCAGUACUCCAUGACCUGCGACUUCUCUCCUUGGUAUCCUAACUCCCUCAACUUUGACCUUAACCCAGUCUUAAUGGCCGUUCCCAGUCUCCCUCUAGACCCGGCAGAUUCUCCUCCGCACCCAGCUCCAGCUCCGUCUCCGUACGAGUACUCCUAUCCCAUCAAUCCUCCAGAAAAUAUGAUACCCCAUCACACAAUACCUCUCCCUGAACCCGCCCCGCCUAGAGUUGCAACCAUCAACCUCCCUCUCCGCUCCCCUCCUCCUCCACCAGAGGAUAGGUCCUCUGAGCUACUUAUCCGAAUGAACCCGCUUGUUGACCCAGACAUGAACUGUCUGCCAUUGACCAUUCCAUUCAGAAAGUACGUAUCCAAAUCAAUCGGGUACUUGUCUACUUGCUUACGUUCCUUAAGCUCGCAUUUCAACCAAGCACACUUCCUCAAUGCUGAGUUUCAGCCUUCCCAAUGGGACCCCAGCGAGAUCUACAAACGAGAAAAGAAACCCUCUAGCCGUUCCGGAUCCUCCUCCGAGUAA